AUGCAUUUGCCACGGAGAAGGCGCCUACGAAGGAACAGGAUCUUUUUCUUGCUUGCCAUAGUGUUGAUCCUCUCUCUCUGUCAGCUCCAAUUCAGCCCCUCUGCCCUUCCAGCAUCACACACAGCCCUCCAACCCAUGGACCCUGUCAGAGUGACCUCCAGGGACCUCCCCAGCAACAAGACUUCUCUAAGAGGCAAUGUCACAGCACCCAAAAUAAGGCACUGUAUAUAUGUGGAUCCUGUGCCAGCUGUGCCCGUCACUAUAUCAGUGAAUACAACACCACAGCAAGAAAAUGUCAGUGAAAGUUACCCAGAUGAAAAACCACCCCACAAGUCCAAAGGAGACUAUCCCCAGGAUCUAUUCAGUGUGGAAGAACGCAGGCAAGGGUGGGUUGUACUUCACAUCUUUGGCAUAAUGUAUGUAUUUGUGGCCUUGGCCAUAGUGUGUGAUGAGUAUUUUGUCCCUGCUUUGGGAGUGAUCACAGAGAAGUUGCAGAUCUCUGAAGAUGUGGCUGGAGCCACCUUCAUGGCAGCAGGUGGAUCAGCACCAGAACUCUUCACCUCCCUCAUAGGUGUCUUCAUCUCACACAGCAAUGUCGGCAUCGGUACCAUUGUGGGCUCAGCAGUGUUUAAUAUCCUCUUUGUCAUUGGCACCUGUGCCCUCUUCUCAAGGGAGAUACUCCACCUGACAUGGUGGCCCUUAUUUAGAGACAUCUCAUUCUACAUUGUAGACUUACUGAUGCUCAUCCUGUUUUUCCUAGACAGUGUCAUUGAUUGGUGGGAAAGCCUCCUUUUACUGACUGCCUAUGCCACAUACGUGUUCACCAUGAAACAGAAUGUCUUCCUAGAGCACUGGGUGAAGCAUGAGCUGAACAAGAAGCUAAAUGCUGUGCAAGCAGCAUCAGCAGAGCCUGUGCAGAAGGAAAGCACUGAGGCAGUUGCAGAUGGUGGAACAAAGAAUCCACCAGAUGUGAGGAAGCUGCAGGCUGGGCCAGCCUUGCAGCGGGGCAGCAGCUCAGCCUCCCUGCACGGAUCUCAGAUGCGCAGCACCAUCUUCCAGCUCAUGAUCCACACCCUGGACCCCCUGGCAGAAGCAAAACUGAAAGACAGGGUUGACAUCCUGAGCAACAUCACCAAGGCCAAGGAAGAGACUCUGGAUGGACAAAGCUCACAGGCAGAAGAAGAGGAAAAGAAGGCACCAAGCACCAUCCAGGUAACUCCUGCCAGUGACUCUGAGCCCAGCAAAGACAAACAGAAGGCAGAUGUGUCACAAGAUGGACAGCCCCCAUCAGGCAGUGACACCUCAGCAGAGAGCAGCUCCGAGAGUGAGGAAGACAGUGACAGCACAGACUAUGAUGACAACAACGAACCCUUAUCUCUUGAGUGGCCAGAAACGAGGAGAAAACAAGGAAUUUACCUUUUCCUCUUUCCCAUUGUCUUUCCUCUGUGGAGCACUCUGCCUGACGUCAGAAACCCAGACUCCAAAAAAUUCUUUGUCCUCACAUUUUUCGGAUCCAUCCUCUGGAUUGCUGUGUUCUCUUACCUCAUGGUGUGGUGGGCUCAUCAGGUUGGUGAAACAAUUGGGAUCUCAGAGGAAAUCAUGGGGUUAACCAUACUGGCAGCAGGAACAUCCAUCCCUGACCUCAUCACCAGUGUCAUUGUGGCACGGAAAGGCUUAGGUGACAUGGCUGUCUCCAGCUCUGUGGGCAGCAACAUCUUUGACAUCACUGUUGGCUUGCCAGUUCCUUGGUUCCUUUUUUCUGUCCUCAACGGCCUCAGCCCAGUGGCUGUCAGCAGCAAUGGUUUGUUUUGUGCAAUUGUUCUCCUUUUCCUCAUGCUCCUGUUUGUGAUUAUCUCCAUUGCUGUCUGCAAAUGGAAAAUGAACAAGCUACUGGGGCUUACCAUGUUUGCUCUUUACUUUGUGUUUCUGGUCAUCAGUGUGAUGUUAGAAGACAAGAUAAUAUUCUGCCCAGUCUCUGUAUGA